AUGCCUACAAAUACAAUUAUCGGGCCAUCAUUUGUACAUUUACAUUUGAAAACAUUUGCAUUCGGACAUAUUGAAAUACUGCAAACAGUUACACCUAUGGAACCGCUAGUUCAGAAGGUAGUUCACAGAUUCUAUGCGCGAAAGCCUUUAGGACCCCUUAUGAAGUUAAUGAUUUUUGCCGAAAGUGUUAUGUUUGAGCGGGAUGUUAUUAUGUGGAACAAUAAAAUAUUUCGAAACAACCCAAAACUAGUAAAAGAAGACUCUGCCAUAAAAAAGUUUCGUCACUGGUAUUCGCAAUUCUUCACAAAAAACAGCAAAUCUUUUAUAGAUGCACAUGAAAACUUGGACUGGUAGACAGGUUAUACUAUCUUGUGUGGAGGCUUC